UUCUGACGGACCAAAACAUCUUCGAGGACAGUUGACGUGGAAGUGUUUGUUUGUGUACGUGAACGAUGGCGGAUCUUAAAGUAGAGAUUCCCGCUGACAGCUCCAUUCAGAAUCCGAAUGCUCAGACUCAGCCCAAUAAUCCGCUAUCAAGGAAACUGAACAAAAUCCUGGAUACGAGGCUCGACAAUGACAAGGAGAUGCUGGAGGCUCUGAAGGCUCUGUCUGUCUUCUUCACUGAAAACAGUUUGCGCACCAGGAGAAAUCUUCGUGGUGACAUAGAGAGACGAAGCCUGUCAAUCAAUGAGGAGUUUGCACGACUUUUUAAAGAAGUAAAAGAGGAGCUUGAAGGUGUUAAUGAGGACGUCCAGGCCAUGAGCACAUGUUGUGAGGAAAUGACAAACAGAUUAAAGGCUGCAAAGGAGCAAACACAAGACCUCAUUGUAAAAACCAACAAGCUGCAGGGAGAAAAUCACCGCCUGGAGGUGAGAGCUCAGGUUGCUCAGGCUUUUCUUGCCAAGUUCCAGUUAUCUCAUGAGGAGAUGGCCACACUGCGAGGAGCUCGAGAUGCUCCUGUUACUGAGGAGUUCUUCAAAGCUCUGAACCGAGUGAAACACAUCCACGAAGAUGUGAAAAUCCUGCUGCGAACCAAUCAGCAAACUGCAGGGUUAGAGAUCAUGGAGCAGAUGGCGGUGUUACAGGAGACAUCGUAUGAGCAGCUCUACCGCUGGGCCCAGAAUGAAUGCAGGGGACUCACCCAGGAGACGUGUGAUAUCAGCCCUGUGCUGAGUCAAGCCAUGGGCGCCUUACAGGACCGGCCUGUCCUUUACAAGUACACGCUGGACGAGUUUGGGACUGCGCGCAGGUGUGCGGUGGUUCGGGGCUUCAUCGACGCCCUCACCCGGGGCGGGCCUGGAGGAACUCCCCGCCCCAUAGAGAUGCAUUCUCACGAUCCACUGAGGUAUGCUGGAGAUAUGGUGGCCUGGCUGCACCAAGCCACUGCUUCAGAGAAAGAACAUCUAGAAGCUCUCCUCAAACAGGUCACUGUGCAAGGAGUGGAGGAGGAUAUGCAGGAGGUGGUUGGACACAUCACUGAGGGAGUCUGCAGGCCGCUGAAAGUUCGGAUAGAACAGGUCAUUGUUGCUGAACCAGGGGCUGUCCUCCUUUAUAAACUGUCCAACCUACUUAAGUUUUACCACCACACCAUCAGCUCUAUAAUUGGGACCAGUGUGGCUUCUUUGCUCAUCACUAUUGAGGAAAUGCACGUCCUCAGCAAAAAGAUGUUUUUCAACAGCCUGAGCCUUCAUGCGAGCAGACUCAUGGACAAGGUGGAGCUUCCACCUGCAGACCUGGGACCCACAGCCUCCCUCACUCAGACACUGUCCCUCCUCAGGGAGGUGCUGGCCUCCCACGACUCGUCGGUGAUGCCUCUGGACGCCCGUCAGGCUGAUUUUGCUCAGGUGCUCUCCUGCAUCCUGGAUCCUCUGCUCCAGUUGUGCACCGUAUCAGCCAGUAACCUGGGCACGGCCGACAUGGCGACCUACAUGGUCAACUCGCUGUACGUCAUGAAGACAUCGCUGGCUCUCUUUGAGUUCACUGACAAGAGACUUGAGAUGCUCGAGUUCCAGAUCGAGGCUCACCUUGACACACUGAUCAAUGAGCAGGCGUCCUACGUGCUGACCAGAGCCGGACUGAGCUACAUCUACGGCUGCGUCCAACAGCACAGUGCCGAACAGGGUCCUCUGUCCCUCCUCCCCAGUAUGGACAGCUCCUCUGUGAAAGCAGCGAUGGUCCAGUUUGAUCGGUACUUGUCGUCGCCCGACACGCUCGUGAUGCCGCAGCUCAACUUCCUGCUCAGUGCGGCCAUCAGGGAGCAGAUUUUCCGUCAGUCCACAGAGCUGGUGUGCAGAGCCUACGGAGAGGUUUACGCAGCGCUGACCAGUCCGGCGAACGCCUACAAAGACCCAGAGAACCUGGUGCCCAGAUCCACUCAGCAGGUUCAGACUCUGCUUUCCUGAGAGACACCUGGUCCAUGUGAGAAAGACGCGGGUGAGAUCUGGCACUGGGCGUCCUGUAGGGUAUUUGGUGGACUAUAUAGUAACACAAAUGUAUUUAAAGGUGUGGUGUCACUGAUCUCACUGAGAGAGGCUGUCCUGUUUGCAAUCAAAGAGAGAACUUUUUACUUUCUCUGCUGCAGGCAGUCGUCUUGUUUUUCUCCGUGUGAGGCACAUGUGUCUCCCUGUCUCCUGUCUUCACGCCGCCGCUGGUGUCCACGGUUGUACAAAACAAUGUCUUUUUAUCGAAAAUUACCGAAAAAUGAAUAUAAAAACAAAAAGGGGAAUCGAGGAGGCUCGUCUUGUUUUUUUCCAUUCUCAAGUGGUCAGGGAAAAAUUCACCCUCGGUGCCAAAAGGAACCUCAGAAGCUUCAGCACCGAAAGUCGUGUUUAUUUUAAUCUCAUCUGCUCUGAGCUGCGUGGAUAAAAUGGAAAAAUCUGUCUUACCGUCUUUGUUUGGCUUUUCAAACAAUGUCUAACCCCGCUGACUAAGACUUGAAAACAAGACAGUAAUGAGGCUGGAUUUAGUCAUUUACCAUAAAUUCUACCUUCAAAUGAAUAUUUGGCCGGUUAAACAUCAGGCCUGGUGUGUCAAGAGGGGGGAAUGUUUUUUCUCACUCUGACCACAGCAUUAAAAAGUCGUCAUUUUUGAAAGCGUAUCCACAAACACUGCCUUGUUUUAUACCGUACACCUCAUCGCCUGACGCUAAACUUCCUAAUAGUCUAAUUCAGAUUUAAUAGUGACGUUUGACGUCAUUUCCAUGUGUGCAAAUUGCUUUACUUCAUACGCAAAGAUACAUUUAAGGUGGUGAGCGGAGACGGUAAAAACAACACAGUACAAUAAGUUUAAAACAGCAUAAAUUAAAAGAUAAGGAA